AUGCAGCGACUUCUUCGUUCUCUUCAUACAAUCGGACCAAAGGCUGCCAGCCAUUGCAGUCGACCCAUCAGAGACCAUAAAAUCUCAAGCCUUGUCCCUCUGAUAGAUGUCGGCACGGUAGAUCUCGCUUUUCAAACCUCCCAUCUAAAGGCUGUCCACGAUACACUUGAAGCGAAGGGAGUCAUUCAACUACAGCUGAGAUUCCCAGACGAGGAUAGUAGUUAUCUCCAAAAGCUCAUCCUAAACCUUCACAAAGAACAUCGGCAUGGUCUCCCACUAACCCACAGCGCCGAGCGUGGCUGGUUUUGGGAUGUCCGACCUAGCCCCGAUAGUUUCCAAAGCCAUGGACACCAAGCCCGAUCCGAGACAAUGCACCGGUUCGAUUGGCACACCGACUGCAGUUAUGAAAAAUGCCCACCUCGAUACUUUGCGCUUCAAGUCCUCCAGCCGGAUCGUUGCGGUGGCGGGACGCUGUCAGUCCUAAACGUGGACCGACUCCUCACGCUCCUUUCCCCGUUCGCACGCAAAUGGCUUUCUACACCCAAUUUCCAGAUCAAUGUUCCGCCUGAGUUCAUUAAGGAAGCGGGUACACAUCAUAUCAAGGGGAAUCUUCUGGCGGUGAAGAGCGACGGGCAACAUGGCGGCAGUCAGCUACGACUAAGAGAGGAUAUUACCGUCCCAUUGACCGAGAACGCGGCAAAGGCACUGGGUGAACUUAAGAAUAUUCUUUUUGGCAAACUUGCCGAGUCAGAGAUUUUGCAUAUGAAACCAGAGAGUCUACCGCAAGGAUCAAUCAUCAUCAUGGACAAUCAACGUUGGUUACAUUCGCGCAACGAGGUGAAAGAUCCAAACCGGCAUCUUCGCCGAGUUCGAUGGGACGCAGUGAAAUUCGGAGCUGGCCUAUAG